GCCUAUAAUCUGCCAGAGUUGUCUGACAGCUCACAAGAAGUGUCUGAGCUCAGAGGGUGAGGACCGCUCUUUGGAAUACUACUCUUUACAGGAUACAGCUUCUUUAUUUAUUUAUUUUUUCUCCUCCAGAUAAUUUUACAGCUGAAAGAUUUUUAAUACAAGUGGAAUGCUACUUUGGAAUAUUAUUUCAUCCAUUUUUAUGGACAAAGUUUGUCAAACUCGAAGGCAGCUGCAACAACAAGAACAAGAACAGCAAAGAAUCCCCGUCGAAAAAACCUGAGAGGUAUCUGGAGAAGUCAUUCCUGAAAAAUCCAUUCAACAAAACGAGCGUGACUGGUCCACUCUGUGAAAAAGAACAACAUGGUUGGAAUGAAGCCAACAGAUGUAGCUCCCACAGCCACUGUCAAGUUCUUCGGUGCUGGAACGGCAGGCUGCAUUGCUGACUUGGUGACCUUUCCCCUGGACACAGCCAAAGUCAGGCUCCAGAUCCAGGGCGAGUCUAAACAUGCUGAAGGAGCAGCAGGGGUGAAAUAUCGGGGUGUCUUUGGUACCAUCACCACCAUGGUGCGCACGGAGGGGCCGCGGAGUCUCUACAACGGGCUUGUGGCUGGACUGCAGCGCCAGAUGAGCUUCGCUUCGGUCCGUAUCGGCCUGUAUGACUCUAUGAAGCAGUUCUACACUCGAGGAUCUGAAAAUGCAGGCAUCGUGAGUCGGUUACUAGCGGGCUGCACUACCGGGGCCAUGGCUGUGGCGUUUGCUCAGCCCACAGAUGUCGUAAAAGUACGCUUCCAGGCCCAAACGCGUCUAGCUGAUGGAGAAAAGCGUUACAAAGGCACCAUGGACGCCUACAAGACCAUCGCUCGUGACGAAGGCAUCAAAGGCCUGUGGAAAGGUUGCAUACCGAAUAUCACAAGAAACGCUAUUGUGAACUGUGCAGAGCUGGUAACCUAUGACAUCAUCAAAGAGCUUAUAUUAAAAUACAAUCUCAUGACAGAUAACUUGCCAUGCCACUUCACGGCUGCGCUCGGAGCUGGUUUCUGCACCACCAUCGUAGCCUCUCCGGUGGACGUGGUGAAGACCCGCUUCAUGAACUCCACUGCAGGCCAGUACAACAGUGCCAUUAACUGUGCCCUCACUAUGCUGACCAAGGAAGGACCGACUGCCUUUUACAAAGGGUUCAUGCCCUCGUUCCUUCGCCUGGGAUCCUGGAACAUUGUGAUGUUUGUCUCCUAUGAACAAAUAAAGAGAGCCAUGACGACAGUGCAGCAAUCCUGGGAGGCACCAUUUUAAACGGUUCGUUUCGAGACGACAAAACAAAGACAGAUAUAAAAGACAACCUAAUCUCCAUCACGUCCUGUGAACUCUAUCACUAUGAGCUAGGCAAUGUUUCCUGUAUGAUGGUGGGAGAAGACCACUUCCAGUAUGGUUUUAUCUUGGAAGUGAACUGAGAUGUAAAAGGCCAGAGGUUGUGAUUACUGAUCUUGGAAAAAACGGUUGCUUUUUGUUGUAGGGCCUCGCACUCUAUACGAAAGUGCAUGACAUGAUCCUGUGGACGAGGUCAAGUACAGUUUGGCACUAUCAACACUUUCCAAGCAAGACAGCACAUUUUCAUUAUAGAGCUUGCAUACUGUAUCUUUUUCUCUUCUUUAUAGAACUUGCACUUCUUUCUCUUUUUUUUUGUCUCGUUUGAAUAUUUGUCUGCCUAGCUUUUCAGGAAAAUGAAGUUUACUGACAUGUUUACAGAUUUUUUAUUUUUUAUUUUUUACAAACGCUACACACUUUGGGUCCAUAGAUAGUGGAUUGUAUGUAACUAGAUGUAUGUUACAGACAGAUUUGCUCCACAUAUAACAAUUGUCAUGAUAUUUUUAUACAAUGCGCAUUCCUGUUAAUAAAAUGGAUCAUGUGAAUGUA